CGUAGUAGAUACUCUAUAACUAACUAUUAGGGCUCGCAGUUGUUGCCGCCUGCUCGUUGAGCUUGAGCCAUCAGGGGGCAGGGCAGCAGGCGACCCCUCCUCCUCUGCAGUCUGCACUGCACCAGAGUCAAGUCAAACAGGCUCCCCAUCGUCCGAGCACCGGCCCAGUUUCUUGGUAACCUCCUCCUGCUGCUCCUCAUCUCGAUCGUCACCGCUGCUAGAGCGAGGAGGCGGUGGCGGAGGGGUGAUCAUGGCGAGCGCCGCUGGAGGCGGAGCAGCAGGGGAAGGCGAGUGGCUCAUGGUCGCCCAGCUCAGGGCCACGGUCCAGGCGCAGGACCCCCGCGCCAAGGAGGUGGACAACCUGACGCUGCGGAGGUUCCUACGCGCGCGCGACCACAACGUCGACAAGGCCGCCGCCAUGUUCCUCAAGUUCCUCCAGUGGCGGAGGGAGGCGGUGCCCGACGGCUUCGUGCCGGAGGAGCAGGUCCGGAGGGAGCUCCCGCAGGACAAGGUCUGCAUGGGCGGCGUCGACAGGACCGGACGCCCCAUCCUCGUUGCCUUCCCGGCCAGGCACUACUCCGCCGACCGCGACCUGCCAGAGUUCAAGCGUUUUGUUGUCUACUUCUUCGACACGAUCUGUGCCAGAAUCCCAAGAGGCCAGGAGAAAUUCCUUCUCCUCGUUGACUUUAAGGGCUGGGGGUACUCAAACUGCGACAUCCGGGCCUACAUGGCAGCUAUAGAGAUCAUGCAGAACUACUACCCGGAGAGACUCGGCAAGGCGCUGAUGAUCAAUGUGCCCUACCUCUUCAUGAAGGCGUGGAAGAUGAUCUACCCGUUUAUCGACAACAACACCAGGACCAAGUUCGUUUUCGUGAACAACAAGAGCCUGCACGAGACGCUGCGCCGGGAGAUCGACGAGACCCAGCUCCCGGAGUUCCUUGGAGGGAAGACGCCCCUCAUCUCCCUCAGGGACUGUGCCCAGCAGCCUGAAUCCGGUUGACCAUACACAUUGUCAUUCUCAUGUUUUUAGAGGAUAUGAGCACAUGGUUGUCCAUGGUGUUGUAUGUAUGCUCCCGAAAUAAUGGUGUAACUGUAAGAUGCAGCUGUGUCUGCUUGCAUGGGGCGGGGUCUAUUCACUAGUUCGACUGAAACCAAUUAAUCAAGCUCUGGCUGUAUGCAUACGAAAACUAUGAACAGGAAGGCACCUUCGAAGCCA